UUAAGUAAUGUUAUAUAAAUUUGUACAGUAAUGGAUGAAGAUAGUGACAAUACUAUAAAUUUUGAGUCGAUUCUCAAAAACAGCAACUUAAAAAAACAACAAACAAUUUACUCUGAAGAUGUUUCUUGUAGGCUUUUUUCCAAAGAAAAGUAUACACCAAAAGAUGUUUUAUCAAAUGUUUCUAAGCAGGUGAAUGAAUUACAAAGAGCGGAUAGUAAGAAAAGCGAUAAAAAUAGGCUAAGACUUAUGAAUGUUGUAAAGCCAGCUUUAGAACCACUUAAUUUAGUCUAUAAUAGACCUCCACAAAGUUAUCACAAGUUUGAAACCCAAGGUGUGUCGGACACCCAACUUAUAAAUAUUGUUGUCAACGCUGAAAUGUCGGCAGCACCAAAAGGCGCAACACAGGAAUUUGAAAAUUCUUUCUGUGAACAUCAUUUUGACGAAAAGAAACACUCACCAAAUGUUUUACCUGUAAUAGCAACCAGAAAAGAAUCAAACUUAGUAGUAAAUAAAGCACCAGAUUCUAUAAAUAGUAAAUUAGAAGAUGUACCAAGCACCUCUAAAAUAUACAAUGAUAAGGAAAAACAAAAUGCACAUACUUUUGGUAAGAACCUUGAAAAAAGCGAAGAUCAUAAUUCUGAAAGUAUAAUGACUUUGAGUCCUAUUAUUGGCCGUAAUGAACCUUUACAACUACCUGAAACUUCACAAUCACUAAUUUACACAUUAGAUGCUUUUGAAAAUUUUGAAACAUUAGCAUUUCCAGUUAUUGAACAAAAUCCAGAUAUUGAUUUAGCUAAAGCAAUUAUAAAUUCACAAAUUAUAGACAAAGAGUUAUGUAUACCAUGUGCAAAUCCAAUAAUAAGUAAAGAAACAUCUAUAAGUCCGAUACUAACAAAUAGAAUAUCAGGAAUCACUAGGAAUAAUAAAAUAGAUGUUAACAGAAUAGAUAAAGAACCAUUUAAAGAACCUGAUAAAGCUACAAAUAAUAUAAUAGAAACAAAACUAAAGAAAUCCUUUGAAGAAGAUAUAUUUUGUAGUGAUGAAGAGAAUAAUGGAGAUAUUCAACUAUUACCAGAAACAUGUGCAUUAGAAAACUCUUUAGGCAAUGCAAGAGAUAUCUUAGAAAAAACUAUGUAUGUUGGUUUUCAAACAGCUAGUAACAAGAGUAUACAAAUUCAAACAGAUUCUUUUUGUAAGGCUCAAAAUAUUCUGGAUGAUUUAGAUGAUCAUAAUUGUAACCAAACAAUUAUGGAGUUAGUUGAAAUGUGUGAUAAUACAAGUAAGAACCACUCAAAUGAUGUUUAUCACAGCAUUGACGUAGAUAAACCUGCAUCAAAUCGUGAAGCUGAACAGCUUUUUGCUAAAGAUGUAUGUGCUACCAAUCUUUUUAAAACUAAUGCAAACACUAUAUGUGCUGCAAAAGAACUUAAUAUAGCAAUUGAACUAAUGAAUCUUCCUGAAACACGUGCAUAUGAUGAGGAAUUGGAACAAGUUAUAAAAAAGCCUAAAAAUACAAAAGAUAAUAGUUUGAUUGGAUUUAAGACAGCAAGUAGUAAAAAAAUAAAUUUAUCUGAUAAAGCUUUAGCAAGAUGUCGUCAGGUAUUUCAAGAUAUAAAUAUUGAUGAAAUAUUUGAUUCUAACGAGCCAUCAAAUAAUUUAUCCAGCACAAUGCAUAGUGCAGUUGAACAAAACAUUGAUGGAGAUAGCAAAAUUAAAACUCAAUGUAAUUGUGAUAAAGAUCAAAAUGUAUUAAUAGAGGUAUCAGAACAAAUAGCAUUGAAUGAUCAAACAAUUCUUCAAGAAUUUGAAAAUGACUUGAUAGCUCCACCUAUUACUGACCUCAAGAAAAAACAACCUGUAGAUAAAAGUGAAAAUCUCAUAGAAAAUCAGAGAGACGAGAAAGGCUUUAAUAAAAAUAUGAUGGGCGACCAUUUUAAGAAGCAUUCCGGAAGUAAUAGCGACGAAUUACACAUUCAACAUAAAACUUUAGAUGUUAAUAAAGAAAUAUUUAUAGGUUUCAAAACAGCAAAUAAUAAGAAAAUCAAGAUUUCUGAACAUGCUUUGGCAAAGACAAAAAAUGUUUUUGAAGAUAUUAAUCUUUCUAAUGACGAAGUAGGCAACGAUAUGAAAAAGGUUGAAAAUAUGAAGAGAGAAAUACAUAGACAUCAACAUAUAGGAGCAAAUAAGCUAUUGAAUAAAAAUAUGCAUGUAAAAACUUCAUCACCAGAAAUAUCACUAAAAAAUUGUAUUAAUACAGAACCUAACACAGCUUGUGGAUUUGUAACAGCUGGCAAGAAACCCAUUGUAAUAUCAUCAGAAGCUAUUGUAAAAAGCAAAAAGAUAUUUGAAGAUAUUGAUAGUUAUGUAAAAGGUAAAAUAGAAAUGUCUGAAAAGAUAGAUAAAAAUUUGAAUAAAUAUGUGAAAAAUGGUAAUAAUAGCCACGUUGAAGUUACACCACAAAUUAAAAAUCCCACAAAUGAAAAUAACAAAUUAUUAAAUAAUAAUAAAGAUAACUAUAUGUCUCAUCAAUUUAAAAUACCAAGUAAAAAUCAAACAAAAAUAUCUGACAAUGUUCAUACAAAAUGUAAACUGCUAAGAGAUUUGCAGGAUGAAUUUCCCGGACGUUGUGAAGUAAAAGCAAAUUACGCUUUAGAAAAUAAUAAUCAAAGCAAAGAACUUAAUAAUUCAAAUCAAUGUUUUAAAGGUUUUCAAACUGCUAGCAAUAAGCAAGUUAAAGUUUCAGAAAAAUCAUUAGCUGCAAGUAGGAAGCUUUUUGAAUAUUUACAAAUAAAUGAAAAUGAACACUUCAAUGUCGACACUAAAGUUUUUGAUGAAAAACAUAGAAAAAUAAUUAAUAAAGACAUACAUGACUCAAGUCCUCAAGCUAAACUUGACAAUGCCCAAACUGAAAGUGAAAAAUGUAGUUUCAAUGGUUUUCGUUCAGCAAGUAAUAAAAUUAUAAAAAUUUCAGAGCAAGCUAUAGCCAGAAGUAAGAAUUUAUUCUUGGAUUUAGAUAUAAAUAAUGUUAUAGAUGAACAGAAUAAUAACAACAGAGAAUCGACUGAUAAAGAUUUAGUAAACAUCGAAUUUCAUGAAAAUAAUCAACCUGACAAGAAAAUUUACGAUUGUAAUACAAAUAAUAGUAAAAACAGACAAUAUACAUCUAACGAAGGGUAUAGAGAUAUUGUACCAAAUAGUAAAAGAAUUAAGGUAUUAAAUAAAGAUAAAAUUGACAAACUAUCACAAGAUUCAAAUGAAGAAAAUAAACAAAUUCCCUUUUCAUCAAUAGAAAACUUUACUUCAACAUUUGGUAACAAAGGAAUCAUAAAAAAGAACUUUGAAUCACUAUUUAAAACAGCAAAUAAUAACGAUAUCAAAAUUUCUGAAGAAGCAUUAUACAAAUCUAAAAGAGUAUUGAUGGACUUAAAUGAAAAUGAUCAAGUUAUUGAAACUAAAUUCUCUCAAAGUACCCACAGAAAAAAUGAGGGUAACAUAGAAAAUAUGAUCAACACCCAAUUAUUGAAUAACUUUGAAGAUACUUUGUAUACAGAAGAUUUUUGUAAAGAUAUACCAAAUAAAAAGAGAUGUGGUAGUCCUAUUCUGUCAUGUCCAAGAGCUAAGAAGCCUAAAAAAUUUGAAGUGCCAUAUAAUAAAUGGGAAAUCCCCAAAACAAAACCCAAAGAAAAAGAUACAUACGAAGCAAAUUCUUCCAACAUGUUUGCAUUUGAUAAAAAUUAUAAGAAAAAUAAUAAAUUGUCUAUGAAAUCGUUGCGAGAUAUUGAGUUUAACAACUCUGUGGUUGAAAUAGAUCCAUAUAUUUUUACAUUUAAUUUCGAUAACAUAUUAAAUUUCGAAUUUUCAAGUAAAAGAAACGAAAUCAGCGACAACACGUGGAGUACAGAUGAUUUGAAGAAAUGUUUUUUAUCUUUAGUUAACAGAAAAAUAAUACCCGAUGGUUGGUUAGACAAUCAUCUGAAAUUAAUCAUUUUUAAAUUGAUUUCAUAUGAAAUGGAAUAUAAAUGUUCUAUGCAAGGAAUAUGUUCUGUUAAAAAUGUAUUAGAACAAUUAAAAUAUCGGUAUGACAAAGAAUUGUAUAGUGUAGAAAGACCUGUGUUAAGAAAGUUAUUAGAAAAAGACGAUGUGUCUACGAAGACAAUGGUAUUAAGAGUGCUCGCGAUUUAUGUAGACGGUGCUAUAGCAGAGAGUAUUCCAGAUACAAGCAAUGUUGAACUGCUACUAACUGACGGUUGGUACUGUAUAAAGGCCAGUCUAGACCAGAUGCUGAUUAGACUGGUCAAAGACCAGAAGAUUAGAGUCGGCACUAAACUAGUCACAAAUGGCGCUGAAUUAUUGAAUUGUGAACAAGGGAUCGCACCAUGGGAGGAUACCUCGUCAGUAAGAUUAAAAAUCUUCGGAAAUUCUACUCGGCGUGCGCGUUGGGACGCCAAGCUCGGCUAUCACAGCGGAGCGGCCAUCUUGAGUCGCCUGUCGUGUGUCCAGUUGGAAGGCGGGAAAGUGUCAAAAUUACGCGCUCUUGUCACACGAGUGUAUCCAACGCUUUAUGUUGAAAAGUUUGACAACGGGAGUACAGUGACAAGAUCGGAGCGUUUGGAACAUCUGUACCAAAUGAAAUUCGAAUCUGAAAGACAGAUGCUUCUGGAGAAGAUUUACGAAGAGGUACAGAAAGAAUUUGUAGACGAGGAAUCUCAAGAUUCAGAAAGUGACGUGGAUCUGAGAAAUAUGGAGACAGGCUCACAGAUACACAGACUAAUGAAGAGGAGCAGAGAUUCCGAAGAAUUUCUCGCGAAUCUAACAAGCACACAAUGUAGCACACUACGAAGGUACACAGACAGACGGAGAGAGCGUGUCUUGCAGGCUCUGCAGGACAGAGUCAAUGACAGGGUAAAGGAGCAAGGUCUGCAAGUAGGUAGGAACGUGGUACCUGUCAUGAAGAUCCGGGUCGCUGAUGUCGGUGAUGAUGGAGAGGUUUCUAAAGCGAUGAUGUCAAUUUGGCGACCAAAUGAAGCCGUGAUGGAAAUUAUAAAAGAAGGAACUUGGAUCGACGCCUUUAAUAUCAUGCCCACGGCUAGAAGAUAUUCAGAAAUACAACUGUCGGCUGGAAGGCAGACAGUUUUCAGCCGAUCAAACUAUAAAGUGAAUGAUAAAGUACAACAAAUUGUAGCAAGUCUCAAAAGAACUUGCUAUAGUAUUGAAAGUUUGGUCAAAAUGCCCACAUUAGUGACAAGUUAUAACGAAGUUGAUGUAGUUGGAUUAGUAUUUUUAAUAGAGCCAUCUAUCGCCCAAUUCGAAGCAAUAAAAGGGCAACACUUCCAAAAUGUCUAUUUGACAGAUACAGAUAAAAAUAUAAUUUGCGUCAAUUUUUGGGGUGGAUUAAAAAAGUUCGGAUAUGAAAAUAUUUUAGAUAUUGGUUUAGUUGUCGCUUGUAUGAAUUUACAGAAGAGGACGGGAAAUUCUAGAAAAGGUAUUCCACAAUAUAGAGCCACUGAGUACUCUUAUUUUACGAAAAUGUCUAAACAUUCAAAUGUUAGAAUAAUUAUGGACGAUUUAAAUAAAACAUUAAGUACAAUAAAUAUUAAACAACUAUGUGAAAGUUGUGUUGCCAUAAAGAAUAAUUCAAUAGUCAAAAAUGUCGAAAAUAUUUCGCCUUACAGAAUAAACUAUAGCGACUAUAAUAUAUCAAAACAUAGAGCAUUUAUUGAUUCUCCUUUAACACGUAAGCCAGAUCACGUUGAUGAUAUUCUGAACCUUAGUGGCUUAGAUUUUGAGUCGACUUUCAAACAAAUCGAUACACAAGAUAUGCCGGCUAAUUUAUUACUAAGGAAAAAGAAAGUAAACUAUAAAAUAGCAAAACUAAAAAUGUACGGAGAACCUCCACCUUUGAAAGCCAUUCAUAUAAUAAACAAAUCCAUAAAUGCAACCAAAGAAUUCAAAAGCCCAUUGGCGUCAAAAAAUGACAGUUUAAAUAGUGUUACCAGUGUUAAAUUACACGAAAAAUCAAAUAGUGCCAUAAGUUGUACAGAAUCGACUCCUGAAAUAUUUAAUAAAUAUACGAAAAGAAUAAUUGGUAAUCCGGUUAAAUUAAAUUUUUCUACUAACCCUUUCAUGAUUGAUGGAGGUGAAAAAAUAGAUCCGUUCGCGGAAGAAUUUGACGUCAGUCCACCUUUCAGUUGGGAUUGAACAUUAUGUAGAUUUUUUAUGAACGUGGAAUUUUAUUUUACGUCACACAAUAACUAAAAUAGAGCCCAACUUUACUUUCAUUACU